AUGUCUACUCAGGAUAUUGAUUUUAUUAAAGGAUAUGCACAACACGAAGAAAAUAAGAAAGAGCAAGAUUUAAGUGUCUGUUACGCAUAUCCUAUUAUAAAUAAAAUAGAUAAAACUGAUGUUUUAACAGAAAAUAGCAAAAGUCCGCGGGAAUUAAGUCAGAAAUCUACAUUAAUCGAAGAUGGAUUAUAUGUUUCCGAUAGUCCUUUUAUUUAUAAUGACGUUGAACCUUCUCAGUUUAAUAAUUUGAAUAUUUUAGAAUAUCAAUCUAAACGUAAAUUCUGUGGGAAACUUGUAGAGAUUGUAGUUCGCGAGGUCAACAUUAAUACUUCAGGAGAUCAAUCUGAUACAAUUGAAAUCACAUUCAUCUACUUAUUAUUUAAGAACAAAAUUAUAUGUAAAGCAAACAGCCCAUUCAAUAGAAAAUUACACAAGUUAUUGAUUAAAACUUCGGAAUGUAAUAAUUUUUCUAUACAAGUAUAUGCCAAAGGUGGGCAGUCUAGUAUAUUACCAUUGCCAUUACCUAAACGUAAUGUUGAAAACAAUAAAGUGGAAAUAGAUUUUGCAAUAAGCAACAAUUUUGGUAGAAUAUAUGCUGGAACAGUAAUGUGCACAAUUACUUUAAGCGAUUAUGGUGAAAAAGAACAAGAAUCCUACACAACACAUCUUUAUAAAUUAAGUAAUGACCCAAAUGAUCCACAAAACAUUAUGUCCUUGCUCAGACCAUCCAAGAAUCUUCUCAGAAAAGAAGUAACAUAUUUUUUAUUAGAAAAUCCAGCAUUAUCUUUCAAUGUUGAUUCUCAAUCUGCUAUUUCUAAGAAUGUUCAAGUAGAAGAAGCAAAAUCACCAGAUAUAGUUGUAAUGGAACAAUCUGCAUUUUCUUUACUUGAUAUGCCAUUUAGGAAUCUAUUUCAAACUAAUCGACCAUUAGAACCAUUAUCUAGUACUCAUAGACACAAUGCAAUAGAAAGAACAGUUCUGGCUGUUACUAUACUGAGAGGAAUAGAAAUACCAAUUAGGGAAGAAUCUGCACUGGUGCAACCAUUCAUUGAAGUUGAAUGGGGUAAUACGAUUCAUGCAACAUCUGUGGCAGAAGGCCCAGCACCUGUAUGGCAACAAACAAUGCAUUUUGAGUUGCCAAAACAAAAUGAUGAAUACUGUAUAAAAUUUCGUUUAUAUGAUCAGCAUCCUGUUUGGGGUCAACAGUGGUUAGGUGAAACUAGAAUUCCUCUUGAACAUCAUAGAAAUCAUCAAGAGCUUGAACGAUGGAUUGUAUUAUCACCUUUAUUUAGUCCAUUGUUAUUAUUUGGUUAUAUACAAGCUAGCCCUGGUCAAUCGUAUACUCGCAUUUAUGUCUUAAUUAAAACAGAACAUCUGAAUAGUUUAAAGUUUGUUGAAAGUACUACCAUACAUACAUUGUUGAAGGGAAUUCCACGGUGCCUUGCCACACCAUACAAAAUUAAUGGUUUGGAAAACCCAAAGGAUGUGGCAAGAUUAGUGAUGCUUUUAUCACCAUUGCCAGCUCAUUAUGGACCAAUCACACCUCGUCAAGCAUUAAACAUAAAGAAAGUCGAUCACUAUGGAAGAGCAGCACUACUUGCAGCACUAUUACAGAGUUUUGGUUUACAAAUAUAUGUUUUAUUAGGGUCAUCACAAAUAAGUAAAUGGACUGCAUUUGUUCUAAGUAUUAGUGAAAAUGGAAUAUACACGUUAUGGGAUCCAGAAAUUGGAAGUUAUCAUAAAUUGGAUGAUAGUCAUUGUCCCUUAACUAAGGUGUCUCGUUUAAUUAAUCAGUUUGGUAUAUGGGAAAAUUUGCAAAAAUCUAUUUUACCUCAUAAUCUCAAGUAUGAUGUAAAAUCGAGUAAAGACUGGCGACCUAUUGAUUCUAUUAUUUUAACAAAAACCGAUCAUACUGUACAAACGUUAGAAUUAAGUAUUACAGACGAGGAGGUGAAACAAAUUAAAAAAGCGACCGCGGAUAUAGAACAACGCUUGAAAGAUAAAUUAGCCGAUUGGCGUAGCACAGCUGGCAUAACAACAAUAUUUAAUCGACAUGCAACGACCCUUUUACGAAAUUUUAUUUCGAAUAUAGAACCUUCCUCGGAGCCACAGUUAGAUAAGAGAGAUUUGAAACAGUUAUACAGAGCUUAUCAUGUUCAUGGUUUUGUAUUAAAUAAACGUGAAUGCGGUAUAGACGAUUUGACCGAACAGUUGUACGCAACAAAAAUUCAUAACAUAACCGGUCCUGUUGAAUUUGCUCUAGUGUGUCAUAUACAGCUAUACAUUGGAAAAAUCUGUUCAAUGUGGUUGGCUGUUAUAAUUCUUAGAAGUCGAGAUUAAAUCAUUCAUAUGUCAGUGUAUUUGUUUAUUACAUACUUAUAUACUCCAUUAAAAUUGGUAUUACAAUGUAUACAAAGGAGGAUAAAUAGUUGGUAUUUAUCACAAAAAGAAAUUCUUCAAAAAGUAUUGCUUCGGAUACAAACUUCUAAAGGUGUACUUUUAUUAAAAUUUUUCAUAUAAGAAAAUAUGUGACAAAAUGUCACAUAAAAAGGUAAUAAUGAAAGUUCUUUAGAAAACGCUAGUAUGCUACGAUUUUUUGUCAGCAAUCGUUUCGAUAGACACGUGGAACUGUUAAAGGUAAUAUUUUUAAUAAAAAAGUACAAAGUUUCGAUAAACGAUAUAGUCAA